AUGAUUCCUAUCUCUAACUUUUGUCUUUGGAAAAAUAUAUGUUUAAGUGGGUCGAUGCGGUAACUCUCUUAUUGAAGAAUUAUCAGUGAAGCAGCGUAUUUAUAAUUGUCUACAACAGCAUCUUAAGAGUACCAGCAUUUUUUUACACAGCCACAGAAUACCUAACUUUUGUGCAGUUUGCAUUGUUGAGAUUAUGCUUUUUGAAUCCUAAGGAUUGAUUUGCAAUUGUUGGAGAGACGAGCAAGAGAAAGUUUUUCAAUAAGUGAGGCAGCCCUCCGUCAUGGAGUCGAAGAGCAUGCGCACGAAACGAAGUUAUUAUUACGUAUGCUCUCUGACUCUAGUACGGAGGGUUCCCUCACUUAUUUGACGAUUUUUGCUCGCUCAUCUCCCCAACAAGGAUAGUUAAUAUCUGCUUCGCUGUCAUCUGUUUUGUUGUGUUGUGUAAGACCAAUUUUAGAACCUAGUUAUUUCAGCGAGAGAAAAGUAUUAUCAAAGGUCUUUAUACUCAAGCAUCUGCUGAAAUUAUGGCAGCCAUUGGUACAGUGCCACUUUCAGAAGAGGACACCGAGAGAAUCAAGCAAGUGUAUCCCAACACUUUUAUGAACUUAGGCAGUAAAUUGAUCAAAACAAUACCAGGGAAUUACUUCCCUCCUGCAGCUUACGAAAAGGUUAAAGACAGAAUCAAAUGCUGGGAUGUACGCAAAGAUGAUAUUUAUGUUUUUGCUUUUCCAAAGAAUGGGACAACCUGGACACAGGAGCUUGUAUGGUGCGUCCAGAAUGACUGUGACAUCGGAAAGGCCAAGUCCGUCGAUUUAAUGGAGAGAGUUCCAUUUUUGGAAAAACCUGUUCUUUUCCAUUUUCUUGAUGAUGAUCAUAUCUCGGCCAUCGAAAAUAUGGCUUCGCCACGAAUCUUAAAGUCUCACCUUGCAUUCUGCCUUUUUCCUGACGAUCUGUUAGACAAGAGCAAAGUGGUUCUGUGUUUGCGAAACCCUAAAGACACUGUGGUAUCAUUUUAUCAUCAUCAAAAGUUAAUGAAGCACGUAAAUUUCGUUGGUGAGUUUAAGGCUUUCUUUAACCUGUUCAUGGAGAAUUUGAUCUACUACGGUCCAUACUUUGACUAUGUGGCUGAGGCAUGGCAAAGAAGAAACCACCCUAAUAUGUGUAUUUUGUUUUACGAAGAAAUGAAAGCUGAUUUGGCUGGCAAUGUUAGACGAGUGGCAAGAUUUCUAGAGAAAGAAAUGACAGACGGCCAAGUGCAGAUUCUAGUUGACCAUUUGAGCUUCAAAAAAAUGAAACAAAACAAAGCUGUAAACAUGGAGAGUUUACGGGGAAAAAGUUUGCUAAACACAAAAGGGAAUUUUAUUCGAAAAGGAGAAGUUGGAGACUGGAAGAAUUAUUUUGACGAUGAGAUGAACAAGCGAAUGAAUGAGGCAAUUGAGAAAUAUUUGAAGCCGAUUGGACUUGAGUUCAGAUACGAGUAAAAAGGGAUGGGGGCAGGCAAGUGGCUUGCACAUCCUCUGCUCUGGCAAACAUUUGGUAUUUGAAUUUCAACUGGUUUUCCAUGAUAACAACAUUCAAGGUCUUUGCAUGUAAAAUACAAGUGCAUAUUAACAAUAAUGUGAUUUGGAGGAUCAACAUUAUUCUCUAUUUUGUUUAUGUAACCUUUAAACUUCGAGUACGACUUGCAGGGGCGGAUUUAAGCAACAAUGAUUGGGCGGAUGUUAGGCAUUAUUUUUGGUGCCACACCCUUCAGGUCAUUGGUAAAUGAUGGAAACGCCCAUUUUUUAAAUUUGGUUUUAACUUUGGCGUAGCCAGGCUUGGAAGAUUGGUAGGCCAAAGAAUAAAUAUUUUUGCUGAUCACACCCCUAAGAAUUUGGGAAAACACCAAAUUGUGUAAGGCGAGGAAUCUCUAUGUGUAAAAAGUGAUUUUCCAAAGUUGUAAUCAAAUAUUUAAAAAAAUUAACAGUAUUCAAAAUUUUUCAACCAAGUCCGUUUUACUCGGAGCAAAUUCCACGACAAGCAUUUCAGAAUCCACUUUUUUUAAAGAUUGGACUGCUUUAGCAUCUUAGUUUCUAUUUUAUCAGGAAUUUCUCAAAAACUUGAAAGACUUUUCUAUACAAACCCCAAAAUGAGGGGAAAUUACUGACUAUCGAGGCUCUAAUUACUGAGAAUUUUUGAGACGAAGCUCUUGAGAUUAGCUUAAAAUACAUUUGAGAGUAUCCCCCCGCUACGCUAUUUAUAAGGAGAUAAGAUAAAUACUGAUAAAAAAUAAAUAAAGGAAAAUCUUGGCGCCACUUCAUUACUACUGACUAACAACAAAUGAUUUUUACCGAAUGAAACAAAAUUUACCGAAGGACACAGAACUAUUGGGGGGUGUCGCACCCCCUACACCCCCCGCUAAAUCCGUCCCUGGCUAUAUCCCCCACUUUUUGCCAAAAAUGCGAACAAAGUACCAAUGAAUCACCAGUCAAGCCUUUUUUAUUCGGUUUUAGCCCCACCCCACCCCCACUAUUUAUAGACCCCAA